UCGCGGCGCCUGCGCAGACAGUCUUCCUCAAGGCGGCCGCCAUGGCGGGACAGGAGGAUCCGGUGCAACGGGAGAUUCACCAGGACUGGGCGAACCGGGAGUACAUUGAGGUUAUCACCAGCAGCAUCAAGAAAAUCGCGGACUUUCUCAACUCGUUCGACAUGUCUUGUCGUUCCCGACUUGCCACACUAAAUGAGAAGCUGACGGCACUGGAACGGAGGAUAGAAUACAUCGAAGCACGGGUGACAAAAGGUGAGACGCUCACCUAGAAGCUUGCUGCGCUGCUGCUGGGAAGUUGCUUCGCAGAGCGCAGGCCACGUGGGAAAGGCCCCAGCAGCCUCAGCGCCUUCAUCUCCUUAAAGAGCAACUGGGCUUUCUCUUGUUUUUCUGUUUUCAAAAGUGUGCCCGCGGGCCUUGCCAUGUGCAUCUGGGCGUGUGGAGUGGCAUGUGGGGAGAAGUCCGGGGCACGCUGGUGACAGCAGCAGCAUCUACCUUCCCUGUCACGCUUUGCGGGGCUACCUGUCGGUGUCUGGGAAGCUGCCAGAGCCCAAAGCCUGGGGCCCUGCGUCCAGGCCCUGCCGGCUUCUCCCCUUCUUCUCUCAGACUCUGUUACAGCCCUCAGGGCCUGUGCACUGCUCCUGUCAGCAGUCUCCUCAUGCCCGGAUGGACGGUGCGGGCAGUCCUGGCUGAGACUGCCCCCGCCUUGGCAGUGCUGUCGCCAGCCACCAGUUCCUUCUUCUUGGGGGAGGUCAAGACCAGGCCUCCACUGGGCUCGAAAGGACAUUCUCAGAGUUCUCUUUCUGUCACGUGGGGCUCCUUUUCCUCUCAUGUUUCCUUAAUAAACUCCUCAAGUUGA